CUCAGCAGUGAUCUCUCAGUCCUCUCAAAGCAGGGAAGAGCACUGUAUGCUGAGAGACAUGGCAAAGAACCGCCCAGAGAACUGUGAGGACUGUCACAUUCUAAAUGCAGAAACGUUUAAAUCCAAGAAGAUAUGCAAAUCACUUAAGAUUUGUGUACUGCUGUUCAGUAUCCUGGCCUUAACUCUAAUCAUCUGGUUUGGGGCGAGUAAGCACUUGAGACUGGAGGCACCCAAGAAAACCUAUGACAUGGAGCAGACUUUCUACAGCAAUGGAGAGAAAAAGAAGAUUCACAUGGAAAUUGAUCCCAUGGCCAGAACUGAAAUAUUCAGAAGUGGAAAUGGCACUGAAGAAACAUGGGAAGUGCAUGACUUUAAAAAUGGAUAUACUGGCAUCUUCUUUGUAGGUCUUCAAAAAUGUUUUAUCAAAACUCAGAUUAAAGUGAUUCCUGAAUUUUCUGAACCAGAAGAGGAAAUAGAUGAGAAUGAAGAAAUCACUACAACCUUCUUUGAGCAGUCAGUAAUUUGGGUCCCAGCAGAAAAGCCUAUUGAAAACCGAGACUUUCUUAAAAAUUCCAAAAUUCUGGAGAUUUGUGAUAAUGUGACCAUGUAUUGGAUCAAUCCUACUCUAAUAGCAGUUUCUGAGUUACAAGACUUUGAGGAAGAUGGUGAAGAUCCUCACUUCCCUUCCAAUGGAGAAAAGGGGAUUGAACAAAAUGAGCAGUGGGUGGUUCCUCAAGUAAAAGUGGAGAAGACCCGUCACACCAGACAAGCAAGUGAGGAAGACCUUCCAAUAAAUGACUAUACUGAAAAUGGAAUAGAAUUUGACCCCAUGCUGGAUGAAAGAGGUUAUUGCUGUAUAUACUGCCGCCGAGGCAACCGCUACUGCCGUCGUGUCUGUGAACCUUUACUAGGUUAUUACCCAUAUCCAUACUGCUACCAAGGAGGACGAGUCAUCUGUCGUGUCAUCAUGCCUUGCAAUUGGUGGGUGGCCCGCAUGCUGGGAAGGGUCUAAGGAAGUUCGAGUUCAAAUACUUAACCUUCUGUCAGCCACCAUAUAAUAGAUGCAUGCUAUCCAAUGAAUUGCUGCCUAUGAGGCAUUUAGUUUCCUAGUAGCCAGUUUUCCAGAAUUACUUGUAGGUAAUUCCUCUCUUCAUGUUCUAAUAAACAUCUACAUCAUCACCAAUGGCCUGAUCGCUGCUGAACAUGAUGGGUAAGUGUUUGUUAAGAAUAUUCCUGGUAACUGAACUGGAGCAGAUCUAUCUAACAUGGAUGGCAACAAUGGAGAGUUGCACUUUAUCAUCGUUUGAAAGUAGAAAAGGAUAAGGCAUAAUUAUUCACAAAUUCCAUAUUUUACUCUGCUGUACUGAGAAAGUAGAAAUAUGAGGAUGGUGACAAAGUGGCUCCAUAAGUGAUGCAGGAAAAUGUAUCAUUUUGUGCAUAACCACAGUGCUUAAUUAUCUGAAAGAUAUAUUGUGGUGCUGUUUCAGUAUCUCUUAAGCCUCAGGACAGGAAGUGAGUCACAGAAGCUAAACUUAAAAUGUUCCCAGUGCUCAGACUCACAAAAGGAGAAAACUAACUCAGAAAAAGGGUCCUAUGCUCUCCUCUUUAGGAACAGAAAUUGCACUUUGAACAAAUUCAACAUUGUAUAACCUUUAUGUCUGACUUCUCUUUAGAUCAGUGUCUGAUUACACAACUUUCCAAGGCAGUUAUCUGAAAAUCAAGACUGAUAAAUACCAUUCACAGAAACAGGAAUGAUAGGGUGUUAUUCAGGUGAAGAAACAAAUGUAAUUUCCCCUUCCAAACUACAGGGAACUGGUAAUAUGCCACUUGCUUAAAGAAAGGAUAAGGCCCACUUUCCAGUUUUCCCAUAUUUUGCCUGAGAAAGGAAAAAUGGACAUAGGGGAAAGAAAAAGAAUUGUUUAGUGGGUAACGGUAAACUUGAUUUCCAAGCCAGGUCAACUUUCAGAAUUCAUGCUCUACCAAUCUGUCAACUCUUCUGGUUUCAUUUGAAGGCAGCAUCCUUCAUUGGUCAACUUCAAAGUUAUGCU